AGAUAAACUUGAUUUUCAAGCAAGGCUAAUGAAGAAGAAUCUGGUUACCUGUAUUUUCUGAAUAUAAAAGACGGAAUUUAUUAAAUAUUGGUAUUAUCAUAUCGAUAUUUAGUGAUAACACACCUUCAAGAUGAUGAAAUUGGUAUUCCUUUCCGCUUUCGUAGCCUUCGCUGCCGCCGACGUAGCCCAUUUGUUCCACAACCAACAACCCCAACUCGUAGCCGCACCUCUGCGUCGCGUAGCCCUCCCAGUGCAACCCCAAUUGAUCGCCACCCGCGCCCAUGUAGCCCAUGUAGCCCAUGUAGCCCAUGUAGCCCCAGUGGUCGUCAAACACACUCCUGUCAACACCCACGACGAACUUCACGCCGAAAUCGUGAGCUUGAAGAGCGACAUCACCCCAGAAGGCAGCUACGACUGGGCUUACCAAACCUCCAACGGAAUCGCGGCCCAAGAAACCGCCCAAAUCAAGGCUUUGGGAGCUGAACAAGUCGCCAAAUCCGCCCAAGGUUCCUUCUCCUGGACUUCCCCCGAAGGUGUACCAGUCGCUCUCCAAUACGUAGCUGACGAGAACGGUUACCAACCAGCCGGAGAAUUGCUCCCAGUCGGUCCACCAAUCCCAGCUGCCAUCCUUAGGUCUUUGGAAUGGAUCGCCGCUCACCCACAACAAGAAAAAUCCUUCGAGAAGGUUCAAUACGUCAAGAACUUCUAGGAAGUUAAUUUUUAGACCUAUGAAUGCUGUGAAUAUUGUUUUGUGUAAAUAAAUUUUUGUACAUUUUGAAUUUG